AUGAGUGAGAGAAUCUCAGAAUUACGCUUCCGGUCGGGCAAUGCCCCUCCGCGCUUCUUCAAAGCAUGUCGCUGGUGCAGGAAACAGAAAAUGCGUUGCGACGCCCGCAGUCAGGUCCCCUGUGCGCGCUGUCGCAGCGCGGGUCGCGACUGUGUUCUCGAUCCCAUCGUGGAUGGAAGGCGGCGCAGUCAGCGCCACGAGUCUCCCCGACCCUCUCGACGGCAGAUCGCAAGAUCCCCGUGGAAUGAACCAACCGGGUUCAGCACAACGUCGACCCGCGAGCCAGAAUAUUCGCCUGGCCCGGUCGUACAGGAGAAUGCGCUGGACAGUGCGCUCGACUCCCUGCCUGACUCUGGGGACCUCCGCUCUCCAGGCGCCUCCGAGAAACACGGUCAGGACAGCAGCCAGCAGUUAAGCCCCAACGAUAUGAUUGCCCCCGUCUCGGUCGUACACUCCAUGUCGGUGAAUCUGCUCGGGUCCAGCAGUAUCUUCAUGGAUAGUUCGAACAAGGCCGAUCUGAGAAGUGAUAUCAUCGCUCGAGGCAUCAUCAGCGAGGAGCAGGCACGGUCGAUGUAUGAACGGUUCUUCAACGGCAGUAAGAACUUCCUUGCCUUGUUCGACCCCAUUCGGGACACCUUCGAUUCGAUCCGAUCGCGCUCGCUCUUCUGCUUCUCGGUCAUGAUCUACAUAGCCAGCCGGGCGGUUCUCGACCUCCGAAGCAACACCCACCUCCAGCGGGUACUACAGGAUGAAGCACAGAGACUCGCCGAGGACAGUUUCUUCGAGCGACCGACCAAAGUCGAAACUGUCCAGGGGAUGGUUCUGCUCGCGGCCUACUCGGAGAAAACCUGGUUCUCCACAGCGCUGAUCCUACGCACUGCCCUUGACUCGGGGCUCGAGAAGUCGCUAGACACCUUGCUUUCACAACAGAAUGUACCCCGGAGUGCGCUCUCCGCCACUUUGGAAGAGCGGAAGCUGGUGUGGCAGACUAGGACUUGGCUCAUCAGUUUCACACUCGAACUGGAUGUCGCGUCCGGCACAGGUCGGAAAUCAAGAAUUGACGCUGUUGAUACUACGAAACUACGCAAAUUCCUCGAUUACCCGCUUUCGUUGCCUUGCGAUAUGCGCACAAUAUGUAUCAUUGAAGUUCACCAGCUUCGGAGCCAAUUCCGGAUGAUUGUCGAAAACUCGAAGACCAUUCACGAAAUCGUUGGCAUCGAAUUACCGGCUGUCAUGGCAAGAUUACAGACAUGGUGGAAUACCUGGGAUGAAAUUCAUAAUAAUAAUGGCUUUCAUGCGGGCGCAUUUCAACGCUGCAGUCUCAAGUUGAUGCAUAACUAUGCUCGGAUAUUUGCAUUUUGCGCAUCGUUGGCGCGGAUCCAAAAGCUACAGUGUGGCAGCAUCGAAUCGGACUCAGAAACAGAUGAUCCGGAUGUUUCCCACUUAUGGCGCUCGCUUGCCUCAGCAACCAUGGACCAACUGGGUUUGAUCAUAUCGGAAACAUCCUACCGAUGUCAAUUGACAUGGACUCCUACAUAUCCAGCUUUGACAAUCGCAUUUGUCACAACAUUCGCAUUACGAAUCGCGAGAUGGAGGCCAGACUUGAUUGAUCAAGACCUGCUCCUUGAACGGGCCCAACUCAUAUGUGACCUUCUGAAGCAACCCCCCUACCCGGAUAUCCACCGGACCGUGUCGAUCUUUGUCAACUAUGGUCGCGCGCUUGUCGCGAGCCAGCGCGGACAGGGCGACAAUUGCUUCCAUGUCCAGGAGGAUAGUAGGCGUGUGGAUGAGCAGCUGGUUUCGAACAAGAAUCUGGACGGCAUUAAAGUACCCAUGUCGUCUGCAUCGGCACCGUCAGAGCAGCCCAGCUAUGGAGCCACGGAGACGAUUCACCAAGGGGUCAAAGACACCGACCUGCUUUCGAUACCUAAUACUGACAGAUCUGCCCCUCCCAGGCAGUUCCCACCCCGGCCACCAGGACCAAUGGAAGCUCCCAACUGGAAUUUAUGUCACCCGAUUGCAGAUUCGUUCGGGUUGUUCGAAGAAGAGCAGAAUGACAUAUUCGACUUCCUCCCUGCGAUGCCUUCUAUGCCGCAGUAA